AUGCGCAUUGUCAUUAGUUUGGACAGUAGGCCUGGAAGGUAUGGGAAGCGGCGAAGAAGAUAUGGCGGAUCCUGAAGAUUUGGAUGAGUUUGAAUCUCUUGUUGUGACCACAUGCUUAUAGAAAUAUUUCGAAAUCAUCUCCGAAAUCCAAUCUGGUGAGAGUGAAACACCUUGCUCUUCAAAAUCAAACUGUAAUUCGAGCAAGUAGGUUGAUUGCUGCAGAACCUGUAAUAAGAUUCGAUAAUAAUGGCGAUGAAUGUAGGUAUCCAAAAUGUAGGAAACCUUUUCGUUUAUAAUCAGACAGUGGUAUUGUUGUUUCUGUGCAAUUUCGACAAUUUAGCUGGUACUGUAAAACCCUAAUUCGUUGUAAUCUCUGAAAUGAUCGAAGCUUUUUAAGUGUGUGUUUUGAAAAUUUUCACGCAGUUGUUUUUGAAAUAAAAUCUUAUCUUAUCCGACGAUUAUCAUUCGAUUCUAAAUCUAACGGUCAAAAAUCCGACACCGAUGUGUCAAAUCCACAAAAUUUAGCUUGCGAAGCCAGUAGGAACAAAUCCAUGGACGAUGGCUUCUCUCCCAAACUCAUGGCUCUCUUCUUCUUUCAACAAAAACCCUAAUAAUUUCCUUUUGACUAACCAACACAGGCCCGCUGUGCUUAGACGAUUCAGACUUUCACUUUGUCUAAACCAAUCUAAUCCUCAAAAACCUUCACUACCCAUUUCGGGUAACUCGACGGAAACUAAGCCUGAGACAGAGCCAGCUCCUGUGGAUCCUGUGAAACUUGCUUUUCAGAGAGCUAAGGCCUACAAGAAAUUCAAGCUUAAGCAAAACCCAGCUGGUAAAAAUGGAGAUAACGUUGGCGGACCGGGUUUAGGUAAUGGGGAAGUGCUGGUUUCGGUUGAGGUUGAAAUGGAGAAAGAUAAAGAAUACAGGAAGAAUGAAGAAGUUGAUGAUGGUGUGGAGGAUGGUGGGGAAAGUGAAACUGAUAAAGGUUUGAAAGGAGAGGUUAAGUCGAGUCUACCAGAUGAGGUUGCACCGAGAAAUAUCGAGAAAAAAGAAGAGCUGAAGAUUUCAAGCAUUGAUUUCGUGGGGCUUGAGUUUGCAGAUAAGAAAAAGAGCAGGGGACUGCCACCUGGACUGGUUCCAUUAUCAGACCCUUUUCCUGAAGGAGAUUUGCCUGAGGUGGAGAUCAUUGUUGGAGACACAAGCAGGUUUGAUGAGGCAACGACAUCAACGCCUGAACAAGUCCAGGAAGAUAAUUUGGACAUCUAUAAGCCUAAGGUUUCUACAUGGGGAGUUUUUCCAAGACCGAGCAACAUCUCCAAGACGUUUGGUGGUGGGAGGGUUAUCCAACCAGGUGAUUCUCUAGAAACAGAAGAAGACAGAGCUGCUAAAGACAAACGAACAAGACAAUUAAUUGCUGAGUACAAGAAGAAGAUGGGAUUAAAUAUUGAUGCAAAGCUAAAAGCGGAGUGUGAGAAGAUACUGAAAGAUGGUGACUCUUUGAUGGGUUCUGGAAAGCUUAAAGAGGCUUUACCUUAUUAUCAAAAAGUAAUGGAUAAAAUGCCUUUUCAGAGCGAACUUCAUGGAUUAGCUGCUUUACAGUGGUCUACUUGUCAAGAUUCACUUAGUAGGCCAGAAGAUGCUAGAAUUAUGUAUGAGAAGCUUCAGUCUCACCCAAAUGCUGAAGUGAGCAAGAAAGCAAGGCAAUUCAUGUUCAGUUUCCGGAAGUACUAA